AGGCGAACUUUUUUCGGGUAAGCGUCACUGACAGUACUGAAAUCUAGAUAAGUGCAAAGUAUGAAAUACUAGUUGUAUGCGCGCCGUGGUCCUCCAGACCCCACCACGGGUAUAGUCGUAUACGUAUGUCAGCUGGAGGUAUCGCGAAAUGUUGUAAAUGACACAGCAGUAGCGGUCAGUCUAGUUUCUUCUUUUUCGGCUACAAGAGACUUCUCACCGUUCUAGCUAUUUAUCAAUCGAUAAUACACGUGAUCCGCGGUAGAAGUUGGAAGUACUCAGGACAAGAGAAAUUCUCGAAAGAACCCACACGCUGCCAUCCCCGAGCGGGCAGGAGCGGCAAACAAGUAAAUACAUAACAAAAAGAAUUUUCUCGUUCGACAAAACCAUGACCUCCGGUCCGCCUCCCUGCUACGAAGUAGUGCCCUCCGGCAACCCGCGGCUGGGGCGGAUCAUGCGCGCGACACGACACAUUUCCGCGGGCGAAGAAAUUCUCAGGGAUUGGCCCCUGUUGACCUACUGCUACAGGGAUGCGACGGAGAUUUUCCGGAACGCGUGGGCGGUGUUUUGCCGGCUCGGUGCUGAGGCGCAGGAGGAAAUUCUCCACGAAUUCCACAGCGCUGGCGACUUCCAGCCGCCGCCACUCGAAAUGGAGAGCGCGGGGCCGGCUGGUUGCGGCGUCGCAGGUGUUGUAGCAGCUUCAACGAGGACAACACGGUCAUCUCUCGGGACGAAAGGAGUGGACUCGGAGAGGUAUGUGCAGUUUGCGCGCAUCGUGAAAUACAACGCCGCACAGUGCUAUCGGGGGGAAAACUGUUUCGCAGUGGACUUGUGAUGCGGAAUAAGUAUCUAUAUCUGUGCAGCACCAGCAGUUCCGAAGCGUUUGUCGUCUUGCUAGAAAUGCAAGAGUGAAGAGAUCACGACUCUCGGCCGUGUUUUCAUCUUCCCGUAGCAAGGACGCACGGCAGAAUUUCUCCGCCACAUGCGAAAAAAAACUUGUCCUGCGACAGAAUCAUCACAGUUGAUGGGAGGCAGUUUUUUCCUACGAUAACUCUCUCUUGCCGGAAGAGGCGGUGCUUGGGGCGAAUGAAAAUAAAGCCGGCGACAACAAAUCCACGGCGGAGCAAGGAACGGAGGGCCUAGAAGGCUCUUUGGGGUGCGAUGAAAAGCCCCACUCGAAGAUGAGAAUUGUGUCGGCGCUCUACCCGCUAGCGACGAAGGCCAACCAUUCCUGCGCACCGAACUGCCACUGGUAUACCACCUUGCACAACGAGACGUCGAGGGGGACAGAGCACGGAGUAUGAACAAACAGCAGAGGACGUAGAGGCCUACCGGAGGCGCACGGCACAGCACAGGAUCAUUUCACAAAUGCAUUUGCUCGGAUGAAGUCUCAGGCGUCAUCUUUUUCCAGAACCAACACCGCUUUUGGUGGAGUAGAGGUCUUGCAAACGAGAGAAGAAAACUGAAUGAGGCUCGUCGUCAUUUGAUUUUUAUUUCUUCAUCAGGACAGCAGAACCAGAGCAGGCGAUUUCUGUUUGGUUCAUUUCAUCAACAGAUCCUGGGGCCCCGUGUUCCUUGGUAGUGUUCGAUCGCCUUUCCCCUGCGAUGCAUGCUGCACGAAGGUAAACGCCGGGUGAAGGUGAUGCGCGCGAUUCAGGAGAUUCCGGCUGGAGCGGAGAUUCUGGUGUCGUACCUGGAUCCCGAACAGCUGUACGCGCCGAAAUUCGUGCGCCGCGAGCUUCUCCGCAGCCAGAAGGGCUUUCUGUGCGGCUGCGUGCGGUGCAGUAGUUUUGGGGACACGCAGAAGACGAGCCCAUGCCGGGGAGUUAGAAGUACUACAAAGACGUCGCAUGGAACAGGCACUGGCUCCGUUAUUGAUAUUCCACAUGGACAUCGAGGCACGAGGACACCCUAUAUACUAUACGGCAAGAAAAUCGAUUGGCGUAUGGCCCGAUUUCUACUAGUAGAAUCUUACUAGUAAGGAAAAUCCGGAAAUUUUACUAGCAAGCUGCGUUACUAGUAAUCUUAUCGUGACUAGCAAGCAAAAAAACUACUAGUAAGCGUACUAGUAGAGAGCUUACUAGGAGAAACCUUACUAGUAAAAAAUUGCCCCCAUUGCCCCGUGGGCCGGUUCGCCCCGAGCUUCCGCCAAAGAGCUCGCCCGCGCUGCUUGCUUCCUUUGCCCCCUGUGGAGAAACUAGCGCCGAGCAACUAGUACCUGUGAUGUGGUAGCGCGGGACGUGGCACUCGUUCCCGGGAAAAGGGGGCGCAGCCGUAGGAGGGCGAAUUAAUACUGAACACGGGUGGCGUGGCGCGUGCUGCCGCGCCCGCAGGUGCAGGCGAAUUGGCUUCGGCCUUGCCACGGUGCCGCGGAUGGCUUUGCGCUUUGUUUGGGCUCCCCAGUUUUGCCUCGCGGGGGAGGCCCCUCUUCGUGUGCAUCGAUGCCCCCGCCACCCUGCACAGAGAAAAAGGCGCCUUUUCUCGUUGCCCUAAAUGGUUACCACACACAGCGCGCUCAGUCCCCCUGUCCUGGUUGCACCUGCCUGGCUGGCCAGGUUUUUUGUCGCGCAGCUUCCGCAGCUGCGGCCCUGUGGGCUCCGUCGAAAGCAGCCCCACCGCCUUGGAGGCGUAACUAUCUAGAAAUACAAUCGGGCGUAGCUCUAGAAUGACGAGCAGCCGCCCAUAAGGCUCGCAACUUGGGGGGAUGCUCGCAAAUUGGAGACAUCCCGGAAGGCUCGUCCCCUCCCAGGGUGGGCUCGCCCCGGGUGUUCUUUCGGUUUCCCGGAGCUUCUCCUGCUCCUGGGGGCUGGAACGGGCCGCUGUCACGCCUACUGUCUUUCUCCGGGGGGCUCAGGCGCACGGAAAAGCUGCGCGCCUGUAGGGUUUUCGCCCCCAGGAGAAUCCCCUCCCCUUCCCCGCGAGGACUGCAACCUUCCUAGUCGGAAAUCGGACCCAUCGUUUUCUUGUCUACUCCAUACCUCUCCGGCGGUCGCGGAGCGACCGCCCGUGCUAGAUACAACAACGUCGCAUGGAACAGGCACUGGCUCCGCUAUUGAUAUUCCACAUGGACAUCGAGGCACGAGGACUCUUCCACAAAAAGAAAGCAGUGCAGCAGAGCUGCACGAAGAAGCACCAAGAGAGGUUGCAGGAGGCGCGAACGCAUCGGGAAGGUCUCAACAAGAACACCAAACGCCGGCGAACAAUAAAACGAAGAGGAUACUUUGCAGUGAUGAGACCUCGGAGAAACCGCGGAGAAACAGGCCCACGACCACGUCCUCUCCGCCCAACAGCUCCGAGAAAAGCAGCAGCAUCACGACCACCACCACAGCCAGCACUACUUCGCUGGACAAAGAUAGCGGCUCUCCCGUGCUGUACGAGGUACAGCGGAAUAUUGGUGAGGAACAUCAUGUCAAUAGUUGCGACGUCGAAGAGGGAACAAAGCAAGGCGGGGCCGCUCUGGAAGAGACGGGCUGCAGCGCAGGCGACCUUCGUGAAAGGGAAGAAGCGGAACUGCUGGCGCAAAAUGUCAACCUGUUCGACGACACGCGCCCGGGCGUUUUUGAGGAAAAUCUCCAAGUCGAGGUAGACAUGCUUGGGAACAAGGGCCAGAGGUCGUACGCAUCGCAAGAAAUGCCGCGUCUGGGUCUGGGAAAAGGGUGCAACUCUGUAUUCAUGGCAGUGCAAAGAAACGAAUCAAGAAGCCGGUGGAAUCUGUGAUGCAUGAAGCGGAUCGGCGCGACAGAGUGUGUCACGCAAGCAGUGCGAUCGCUUACCUUAUGUAUGAUGAUGAUGAUGAUGAUAAUGUAUGAGAAGCGCGACGUCCUCUCAUGCUAGUUGCGCACUCUCUAUACUUCAAAAAAUGUAUCAUGCUUUUCCGGUUACUUCUCGGGGACGUCCGGCCAGUAGAUUUCCGAUGUCAUGCUUUACUAGGUUCGGUUCUGGAUCUGCGUCGACCAGUGAGUGUUGUAUACUGUUUAUUCCAGGCCCAGACCGAUGAUAUUUGUCCAUUUGAUAAGCCGAACGACGAAGAGAGUAAAGAAAGCUGCCCGGCCAGCGUGCCGACCCUGACUUUGGUGGAGAACGCGCUGGCGAUCAACACACAAAGGUUCGAGGACAUUUUGACGCAGCUGGGCGACCAGCGGGGCGGCUUACCCGCGUAUCGUCAGGAAAAAUCCCCCCUCCCCACAUUGAACACGCAUGCGCCUGAAAAUUUGUGAUGCAGAUUUGUGACCACAAAUCCUGUUUGUCUUGCAAGAAGGCAAAUCGAGAGAGUCCGCCGCGCGAUGUAGUUGGUUUGUGAUGCUGUUGGGCCUACAGCAUAGACGUUUGCCAUGCUAGGCACCUACGUCCAAACCUUUCGCCGCAGGCUUGGCAUAUGUCUGCAGUCCUCUGCUGCAAGACAGACGCGAUUUGUGUAUCCACAUCCAGCAUCAGAAAUUUCGUUUUGAUAUGGGGGGGGUAUUUUUCUUUUUGAUACCGCGCAGGCGUUCCACUGGCUGUUGUCGCUGCGAGGCGAACUCACUGCCGAGGAAACUGUUGCAACAAGUCCGAGCGGGGCAAGCCAGCGAAUUCGACUUCUCCUGCCGCCGGAGCACCAUUACUUGAUGCACAAGCUGACGUCUUUUGAGAUCCAGUGCAACUUUGCCCUGGGAAAGCGGGUGGAAGCCGUGGAGAGGCUGCGACAGUACUGCGAAAACCAGGAAAAAAUCCUGACCGCGAAUAUGACCUGCUCAGGUGUUACAAUACUCAAAUCGGUUACAAUAGAGUCUGGAAAUCUGUGAUGCAAGACUGCAUGAUCUAGGCAACUCUCAUAGAAUUGCGCAUGACCACAAGUUCCGGAGCCCCAAACCCCACGACAAUCUGGCGAAAUUUGUAUUGCAAAAGGUGGAACGUUGUGCGAGUCUGUCAUGCUCAUCAUGCAACACAAAAAGCUCCAGACUCUAUUGUAACGUUUGAGAUGGUAACCGAUUUGAGCAGGCCAUAGCGAAUUCGCCCGCCACCGGGUUGAGUUGGGAGGAGUACGCCGACGAAGUUGCAUAUGGAUGUGUCAGGUUUGAAAUCGACAAAAUCUAAAAAUUUGUAAUGCAUAAAAUGUAGGGCACGCAUGACCUGUGUUGGGGAUCAGGCAAAUAAGACCGAGUGAAAGCCUGUUUAGGGGAAGACGAUAUGCUGCUAGAGUAGCAUGGCAGGAGCAGUCUUUUUGCUCAAGCAGCAUGACAGACUGAAUUUUGUUGCUCCCAAAAUUUGUCAUGCGCCACUUAGAAACUGAGGCGCCAACUGGUAUAGAUUUUAUGCAUCACAAAUUAUUUCGAUUUUCUUGAUUUCGAUCCUGACAGUUCCAUAUUGCAGCGCUGUUGGAAGAUAAUUAUACGCAUCCGAAGUUGGAUACUUUAUCCGACAGUUGCAGAUAUCGUGUCUGGGUCUACUCUGGAGGAAAGUUGCAAUAAGGGUUCGUGAAUUAUGGGAGUUCAGACACUUGAAACAUAUUUCUUACGCAGCCAAGCAUGACAAAUUUUAUUCGGACGGCUAUGGGUAUGCAUGACAAAUAAAGCUUCUUCUUCCUUCCCGACCUGGACCGAUUUUUGCACUGGAUGCCCCUCAACAAGGAAUGAUUUGGAAGCGGAGCGGGAAUAUGCGCUGGGAAAAGUCCGCCACUGUUUCGCCGUCUGCUACGACGAGAAGCAUCCGUACCGACGUAAGUACCAGCACGAGCUGCAGGUGAGGGCGUAAGCAUUUUUGCAGCAGUGGUGCUUUCCCCUGCGACAGAUACUUAUCGUGUCUGGAUGUGAAUAAAAGAAGGUUGAAACAAGAUCUGCAAGAAGAUGUACGAACAGGCGGAUUUGUUCAUCAGACUGGGAAAGUUAUAACAUGCUUGUCAUGAUGAAUAAGACACGAAUGCGUACACACGCCCCGUUCUCAACAUUUUGACCUGCAACAUCUUGGCAAGAUGAAUGAAAAAGCAGGCGAGUCCUGUGUCAGUGCUAGGAUAGUGUCCUUGUCUUGGAGGC